AUGUUCUUCUUACAAAAUGCACCAACAUACAAAAAAAUUAUUUUUCCGAGCACUGAAGCCGUAAUACUGUCAAGUACGGUAUACAAAGGAGAGAACACACUAGUUAUAGAAUCAAAAACUCAUGAGGGAUACAGAGUCUUAUUGAACCGCGAAGAUCUAAUGGAGUUACUAAAUCUGAAAAGUUUGAUUUUGCGGAACAUCACACGUUUAGAAAAAUCGAAGAAAGUAAAUUACAUUACUAUUACAUUAUUUAGGAUAACGAUUCAUUGCCACUUCCACCCAGCUUUUCACCGCCAACUUAUCCAUCGUUAUCACCAUCUCGGCAACCAAGCUAUCCAUCAUUCGUAAAAGAAAAGAGAGGAGAUGAUCACAACAAUGGGCCAUUUGGUCUGCAAUAUAUAAAUUCAUCGGAGGAAGAAGAAUAUAAUAUAUCUAAUUAUGUAAUACAGUUGUAA